CCGACCUGCCCGCGGAUGCCGGGCGCCUCCCGGAGCGGCGGCCGCACGAUGGCGCCGCAGCGCAGUCCCGCCCCCGGGCCGCCCCCGCGCUCCGGCAGAGGCUGCGGGAUGGCGGCGGCGCGGGGUCGGGUGCUGUGCCUCUUCGACGUGGACGGGACGCUGACGCCGGCCCGGCAGAAAAUCGAGCCGGAGGUGGACCGCUUCCUGCAGGAGCUGCGCGGCAGGGUGCAGAUCGGCGUGGUGGGGGGCUCCGACUACUCCAAGAUCGCCGAGCAGCUGGGAGAGGGCGACGAAGUGGUCGAUAAGUUUGACUACGUCUUCGCAGAGAAUGGCACCGUGCAGUACAAGAAUGGGCGGCUGGUGGCCAAGCAGGCCAUUCAGGACCACCUGGGAGAGGAGCUGCUGCAGGACCUCAUCAACUUCUGCCUCAACUACAUGGCGCUGCUGAAGCUGCCCAAGAAACGAGGAACCUUCAUUGAGUUUCGCAAUGGGAUGUUGAACAUCUCCCCCAUUGGGAGGAGCUGCACGCUGGAGGAACGGAUCGAAUUCUCUGAGCUGGACAAGAAAGAGCGGAUCCGGGAGAAGUUUGUGGCAGCCUUACAGAGGGAGUUUGCUGGCAAAGGGCUGCGUUUCUCUCGAGGUGGCAUGAUCAGCUUCGACGUCUUCCCCGAGGGCUGGGACAAGCGCUACUGCCUCAACGUGCUGGAUGAUGAGAGGUUUGACACCAUCCACUUCUUUGGGAACGAGACCACCCCGGGAGGGAAUGAUUAUGAAAUCUACGACGACCCCCGGACGGUGGGGCACAGCGUCCAGUCCCCACAGGACACAGUGCAGCGGUGCCGUGAAAUCUUCUUUCCAGAGAGAGCGAAUGAGUGCUAACCGUGAGGGCCCCACAGCCCUCCUCCCUUCUCUCCCCCACGAAGAAAAGCACCUUCGUUUGAGGAAUCUGCUCAGGGUAGACUGAAAAACACUUGCUGGUGCUGGUCAGGAGCUGUUGUGUGAGUGCAGGGGGUGUGCAGAAGGGGGCUGCUGUUGGUCAGCCCUUUGGUACUCCCAGUUUGUGGCUGAGGUCUAUGGGAUCAGGCAGUCCUUCCUCCAGCAGAGCUCUUCUGCCAGCUGGGGCCUCGACGGGCAGCGAUACAUUCCUGCCUUCUGGACCCAAAUGCCAGGGCCAGAUUUAACCACGUCUGUCUAUGUGUGUGUGUGUCUGUCCAUCCUUCCCUUGCGCCCUUCUCUGUUGCUGUGUUGCUCUCCAACACCUCUGCACAAGGGAAUAUUUGCACAUAAUUGCAGCAUGGCUGAGGCACCUUUGGGUCCAUCUGGCCCAACCCCUGCACACAGAGCAGGGUGCCCAGGCGGCUUCUAAAGAUCUCCAAGGAGACCCCACAGCUUCUCUGGGCAGACUUUGCCAGUGCUCAGUCUUCCUGUCCACAUGUCCAUCAAGUGUCACAGUUGCAUUGCUAUAAAGCCUUACCCAAGGCAUUCGUGGCAGGCUGAGUCCCUUUCCUUCCUGGUGCACAGCUCUCCUGCUUCCUCCUGCUGUUCUUGCACUGUGGUUGCCCAUCCCUGUGGCCCCACCUUAGAGCUGGGCUCGGAGAGGUUUCCCAGUGGCUGCCACCCUUUAACCACGGGACCAAAGCAAAAGCUGGUGCUUCUGGGCCUGGGGCGGCUUUUCACAGUCCCUGGUAGGACUCUGGUCCCACUGCCUGGCCCUGCUUGCACUACAGUGGUGUGUGACCAGCACUGGUGUGUGCUUUCUUCUCCAUGUGACGGUACCUCUUCAACACAUCAGUCUGUAACUUGUCCAGUUUGCAUGAGUGCAGUGGCCUGGCAUCCAGAAAUCUCCAACAGAUGCACAAAUACCUCUCUGUACCCAGACGAAAUCUCUGUGGGAGGGGAGGACGUGUUGGAGAAGCCUGAAUGCGGAGUGCCCUCUUCACAGGCUGCCAUUUUGACCCUCCACUUCAACCCUCAUGGAGGAACCUUGUGUUUUGUGGUUGCUUCUGUUUCACUGAGGAUCAGGCUGUGGUUUAUUUUUCCUGUGAAUCUGUUCCAAGUCAGCAGGAUUCCUGUGUUGUUUGGCAAUGAGGCUUGCAAGGCAUUGUGGUGGCUCUAGGGGCUGAGGUGAUGUUUGCUCCCUGUGCUGUCUGUAGGGCCACCUGUGCUGUGAGUGAGGGGACGACCUGUCCUGCCAUAGCUCUGGCUGCAGCCUGGCUGGGUUCUUCAUAGUUUCUCAGAGGUAGGGAGGCUUCCCUUUGCCUGCCUGCAGUGGGCUUCUCCCAAUGGGUGUGUGAGUGAGUGGAUGUGGUGGGCCCUGUGGCAAGGACCGUAUGGUUCUGUAUCUGUGUGAGAGCUCCUGUCUGACUGGUACCAACUGUUAGAUUAGAAAUAAAUUUAAAGAAAUAAAUAUAUAUAUGUGUAUACAAAUCCUAUUAAAGCCACAGUGUGCAGUUGUCAGCGUG